CGCGUUCCUGGAUUCCAGGCAACACUGCCAAUCACAUCACCCGCUGCCAGCGUGCAUACGAGACUAGUAUUGAACUUUCCAGAAGUGGAUAUCAUGCACAAGGGUGAUGAUCCUAUCUCGACACCCCAGGCUCGACCGGUGAGCAGCUCGCGUCAGCAGCCCUGCCUUCCAUGGUCGCUAUAACCAUCACCACCGUCGCACCGCACCCCGCAUCAUUCACAUCUGUCCAUUUUCUUCACUCAGAAGAUCCCAUUGCAACGAUGCGAUUCCUCAGCUUUGCUCCCAACAUGUCUCCCCGCCUCAAAGCCCUCCAGGGUGCCCAGCUCGGCAUCGUCGCCCUAACCCUCCUCGCCACGUUCCUGGCGGCCGUCGUCCCGCACAAGCACAAGUCAUUCACAUUCGGCCUGCUCUAUCCCCUCCUCCUCACCUCGGCCAGCACCACCUUCCUCAUCGCCCGCGAGCAGCGCCGCGCUCGCGAGGGCGCCCUCACAAAGGCCAAAUACGCAAAGUACGCGCUGCUCAAGCUCGCCGCUGCGUUUGGGCUGGGCUUCGUCGGGUUCGUGCUGGACAUCGCGACUACCGAUGGAAAGUGCGAUGUCCAGCGCCCAGGUGAGACAGGGCUGUGGAUUCGCUGCGUCAAGGUGGAGACGUGGCAGGGCGCGAUUCUGUGGCUGAAUGUGUUCAACUGGUUGUUCUUGUGGGCAGGCGUGUUUUACUCCUGCUGCAUGUCCAGGAGGACGGAGGGUGCUAUUGCGCUCGGGGGCGAAGAAGCGAGGAUUGGACUUGACAACGAGACUGAGAAUGACGAAGCUAUUGCCAGAGACUUGCAGGCUCAGGACCCGAACUGGCGUGCUUAAAUCAAUUGGUUUGAGACGGGAACGGAGAUGGACAGAGGUGCAUAGAGGUCGGUGUACGUUGGAUCGUCCACUAUACAAUACCGUGGAUGCUGCCUGUCUCGGUCGGGACGUCGUGUGGUUGAUUGGUGUGGCAUGUUAUGUAGAAAGCAGUGUUGCCUUUCCGAAAUGCUCGCAGGGAUGGAGAUGGUUAUGCAGAUGUAGAGGGCGCGUGGAUAUCGAGGGCGUAUGGUAGUGUGUUGGUGUAAUGAAUGCCCACAUGUUAUCUUGAUAAGGAAUAAGCAUGAUGUAGACAUACAGCUGCACCGUGUGUGGGACUUGGUCAC